GGCAGGAAGCCAAAGUCCAAAAUCCCAGGGACUGAUCAGGAGAUCAAAAAAUACAAAAACAGAAGCUCAAAAACUGAGCACGGACACGGGCAAAACUCUGGGGAGGACAGACCAACAUUAACACAAAACAACGCUGACAAACAACAAUGGACCGACAAGAACAAUGAGACAAGGAGAGGCUUUAUACACCGGGGCUGGAGUGAUAGGAGACGAGGAGCAGGUGUGUGGAGAACUGGCACAGGUGAAAUCACUAAUGAGGAGAGGAGCAGAGCAGGACACCAGACCUGACUGGGAAGGACAAACAAACACACACACACACACACACACACACACACACACACACACACACACACACACACACACACACACACACACACACACACACACACACACACACACACACACACUGACACACACAUAAACUCACACAUAAACUCACACACACAUAUAUUGAGCUGAGGAACAAGAGGCUGGAGCUACAACUAGAGGGGCUGAGGAUGACUGGAUGACACAAGACCUGGGAGGAAUUAUUUUAAAGGGCUACAACUUAAGACACAUAACAGAGAUGCAGACAAAGGACACAUGAGGGCGCUUAGAGAACACAAAAGGGAAUCUAGAGAGGGAUGGAGAAACAUUAGGAGACACAUGGGGAAAGACGCAGAUGCAGACCAUGACAAAUUUGUGUACAGAUAAAUAAUAGAGACAUGAUCUGAACCAUGUCCUAGAUUAGAUAAAUAAAGAAAGAAAUAGAGAAAUUAUCCGACAUCACGUAGUUUAACUGUUAAAACGAGGCACUCAAAAUGUUAUUUCACAAAAUUUGAGCUACAAUGAUUGGGAUGGGGAUAAAUAUUUGGUGAAUAUCUGGGGAAAAUACACGAACGACUUUUACUAGUUGAGAUGCGUCACUAAUUUGAGGCGUGUCUCUUACCAAAAGCUUCCUAUAAAUACAGUUCUGUGAUCUUCGAUGCUGAACACUGUCCUGCAGCCACUUGUUGCACAGCUCAGUCAAAGAGGUCUCAUCUCUGAAAAUGCAAGCUGAGGAGUUCAACCGCAGAGGAAAGGAGAUGGUGGACUACAUCACUCGUUACCUGAACUCCAUCAGGGAGAGGAGGGUUAUUCCAGAUGUGAAACCGGGUUACAUGACAGAACUUCUUCCUGACGCUGCACCUACAGAACCGGAGGACUGGGAGAAUAUCUUCAACGACAUUGAGAGAGUCAUCAUGCCAGGAGUUGUUCACUGGCAGAGCCCUCACAUGCACGCCUACUUCCCCUGUCUGACUUCAUGGCCCUCCAUGCUGGGGGACAUGCUGGCCAAUGCCAUCAACUGUCUAGGAUUUACUUGGGCAUCCAGCCCAGCCUGCACAGAACUGGAAAUGAAUGUGAUGGACUGGUUGUGUAAAGCACUGGGUCUCCCCUGUUUCUUCAUGCAUCGCCAUCCGCACAGCCGAGGCGGAGGUUUGCUGCAGAGCACAGUCAGUGAGAGCACACUGGUCGCUCUCCUAGCAGCCAGGAAAGACAAAAUCCUGCAGCUGCGAUCCGAACUGGAUCAGGACAUUGACGACUCAGUUCUCAAUUCCAGACUGAUAGGCUACGCCUCUGAUCAGGCUCAUUCCUCGGUAGAAAAGGCCGGUCUGAUCUCUCUGGUGAAGAUCAGGUUUCUGCCCACUGAUGAGACGCUGUCUCUGAGGGGAGACGCCUUGAAACAGGCCAUUGAAGAGGACAGGGGGAGGGGCCUUGUCCCUUUUAUGCUGUGUGCGACUCUGGGAACAACAGGCGUGUGUGCAUUCGACAAGCUGUCUGAACUGGGACCAGUCUGUGAAGAAGAGGGCCUCUGGCUCCACGUCGACGCUGCGUACGCCGGCUCAGCCUACUUAUGCCCUGAACUACGCUGGUCCCUGCAGGGCAUUGAAUUUGCACAAUCCUUUGUUUUUAACUCUUCAAAGUGGAUGAUGGUUCACUCUGACUGCGCAGCUUUCUGGGUAAAAGACAAAUUUAAGCUGCAGCAGACCUUCAGUGUUGACCCUGUUUACCUCAGACAUGAAAACUCAAAAGCAACCACAGACUUCAUGCACUGGCAAAUUCCUCUCAGCCGGCGGUUUCGAUCUCUGAAGCUAUGGUUUGUCCUGCGCUCGUUUGGGCUGACGAACCUGCAGGCUCACAUCAGACAUGGGAUUGAGAUGGCAAACCUCUUGGAAUCUCACAUAAGGAGUGACCCAAAUUUUGAGGUUCCUGCUGAGAGGCACCUUGGACUGGUGGUCUUUUGUCUGAAAGCAGGAAACAGUUUUACCGAGGAGCUGCUGAGAAGAUUGACCCAUUCUGGGACCAUGUACCUGAUUCUUGCAGAAAUCCACAGAAAACGCAUCAUCAGAUAUUCAGUGACUUCCCAGUUCACGACUGCGGAUGACAUUCUGAAGGACUGGGAAGUCAUUUCUAAAACAGCUUCAGCUCUUCUUGCUGAGAUGCAGGCUUCGAAUAACCCGCCAGGACUAGGUGAGGACAGGGUGAAAGGAAAGGAGGAGAAUGAAGACCCUAAUUCAGACGACACUUCUGAGGAGAAGGACGAUGUGGUCACCCAGCUGGAGAAAGCUCAAGUGGAGCUAUGGAUUGACAAAGAUUGGAAUCGACCAAGAAGACAGAUGCGCUCCCUUAGCUGCAGCAGCGAGCCUCUAUCUCACACCUGCGUCGGCCCACUGUUUGGCCACGACUGUGAAAUAAGACCCAGUGUAAAAGAAGCUACAGGUGGCCCAACAGAACCUGGGUCAGUGUUAAACAUGAACAAAGUGCAUUCCAGUCCCACUCUUCUGGGCACACAGGACCUAAGAAAGUUAACAAAGUUCUACAGCGUGCCCAGUUUCUGCAACCAGUGGGUCCAGUGUGGCCGGCACCAGCUGUGCUGCCCUCUGAAGGUUUCACAGGGACCUCAGAAACACUUGUACUCCAGCUGCAGGUGGAUGAACUGCAUACCUGCUUCUCCUUCAGCCAGUAAAGCUCCCUCUACCCCUCCACUGGAAACCAGCACCACAGCUCAACUCCUGUAA